AUGGCGAAAAGAUUAGGUAAGAGAAAAAUUGAUUCAGAAUGCAGGGCAUUUAACCUGCAGUGGACAAACGAUUAUUUUUUUGUUCAAUGCAAAGAAAAGGCUGUCUGUCUCAUCUGUCAAGAGGCGGUGGCGGUAUUCAAAGAAUACAAUCUGCGGCGACACUAUGAAUCCCGUCACAAAGACAAGUAUGAUAGCUUGCAAGGCCAAAUGCGAGCAGACAAACUCUCAAAGCUAAAAAGUGGACUGUUAGCUCAGCAGAAUACAUUUGUACGCCAAUUUCAGCUGAACCAGUCAUCUGUUCGGGCCAGCUUUCGGGUUGCUCAACUGAUAGCAAGCAGCGGUAAACCUUUCACUGAUGGAGAGUUUGUCAAGAAAUGCAUGAACGCUGUCGCGGAGGAGGUGUGUCCCGAGAAGAAAGAUGUCUUUAAUGCCGUGAGUCUAUCAGCGAGUACAAUCACCAGACGCAUUGAAGAAAUCGGGGCACUGGAUGAGAGCACAGACGUGCAGGACUCCGCGCAGCUGCUCAUUUUUAUUCGUGGAGUUAGUGCAAACUUUGAGAUGUGCGAGGAGCUGGCAGCCCUCCAAAGUCUGAAAGGGACUACGACGGGGGAGGAUAUUUUCGGCAAAGUGUACCAAACCAUGGAAGAGUUGGACCUGGACUGGUCAAAGCUGGCCAGCAUCACAACUGACGGGGCUUCUAGUAAGGUGGGCAUGUCUCGGGGUCUAAUAGGACGCAUGAACCGGGAGAUGGAAGAACGGGGUCUCACCGCCCCGCUACAAGUCCACUGCCUAAUUCACCAGCAAGCACUGUGCUGCAAAGUGUUGACGUGGGAUUCUGUCAUGAAGGUUGUGGUGUCAUGCAUAAACUUCAUCAGAGCAAAGGGACUUAAACACAGGCAGUUCCAAGAAUUCCUGUCUGAACUGGAAUCUGCGCACGGAGAUGUGCUGUACUGCACAGAGGUCCGAUGGUUGAGCCGGGGCAGAGUUUUGAGGCGUUUUUACGAGCUGCUACUUGAAAUUAACGCAUUUCUUCAUUCACAAAACAAAACGGUGCCAGAGCUGAUUGACCCAGAAUGGAAAUGGCACUCGCAUUUUUAA